AUUAUGAGGAAGUUUCACCUUCAGCCCCUCGUUCACCCAACCUAUUUGGAGCACCCACAUCAUCGAAGAAGCAUCGAAGCGACAGGGUGAAGCCACACCCAACGCUGCCGCUGCAACCAUCUACUCAACAUACUCCCUCUGAAGCUCCUGUUGCAAGGGUUGGGAUACUGUCCGAGCACUAGAACCGUCACUGUGAAACAGAAAUUUAGGAGUGAAGAGCACGAAUCUUCUAGUUCUGGUUCGGCUUUUAGUGAUGAAUUAGGUGAGAUUGUUCUUCAGGUGAUGAAUUAGAAGAAUCAGGUGAAAUUCCGCCAUCGAACUUCAAGUUCAAGUGUUCGUGAACAUAAAUCUGGUAGACGGCCUACAACUGAAGAAGAAAAGAAAAAAAUCCAACAAUUGGCCGACGAAGCCUUUGCUACUUCCUCGAAUGGGAGCUUCUUGGUCGUCAUGCGAAAGUCCCAUGUUUAUAGAGGAUUUCAGUUGACGAUUCCUUACGACUUCGCUCUGAAGCAUUUUCCUCCAAAGAAAAAAUAUUGCACUCUUUGCUGCGAAGACCAUAAAAAGAUUGUCAUGUUUAAACCUAGACAAAACCCUGUUGGUGGAACGUUUUCGAAGGGUUGGGCUGAUUUUGAUCUCGAAAACAACAUAGAGGAAGAUGACAUUUGUUUGUUCGAGCUUGUCGAUCCAGUGCAGAAGCAGGAGAAGCAGGAAAUUAUCUUAAAAGUUUGCAGCUUUCGAGCGGUUGAAGAGAUGGUUCCCCUAACUUGCCUCAGAGCUCCUCGGUCGGACAGCAGUGCAAGGAAAACUCUGAGAGGUGGAGCUUCUGGGCAAGGGCGUGGACGUAGCAAGAGUUCCUUGUAAGCUUCCUUUAUCCAUCAUAUAUUCUCUGUUCUUGAUGCUAUAUUCAUGUAGAAGGCCCUUUUCGCUGAGGAAAUCCAAUAUGGGGUUGUGAAUAUUAUGGGUCCAAGCAGCAUCAAUUUUAACUUUUCACUAGGCAGAAUUUCAAUUUGGAACUACAGA